AUGACCGAUAAAGAGACAAAUGCGUUGUCAUUAUCACAAUCUUCAUUAGGUACAAUACGAAGUAAUUUAAAAGAAUUAGUUACAAAGCGUAGCUCAAUAAAGGGACAGAUAACAAAAUUUAAAAAUUAUUUGUCACAAUUAAAGGAUCAAGAUCAAUUUUCUAAUAUUGAAUUAGCAGAAUUAAACAUCAAAAUAACUAAAUUUGAAGGGUUGUCUAUAAAAUUUGAUAACUUACAAAGCGACAUUGAAGUUUUAAAUGCAGAUAAUAUUGAUUUCGAAAUUGAAGAACGUGACAAUAUUGAACGUGAUAUUAUAAUUGGCAUCGCAACUGCUAAAACUUUAGUCGAGGCUCAUACUGAUAAUGCUAAAGAUCAGUCUCAGUGCUUUCACGAUCAUCAAGAAACGAGCUUUAAGCUCCCGCAAAUCCAAAUUUCUAAGUACGACGGUUCUUAUUUGCGGUGGCUAGAAUUUCGUGAUUCCUAUGAAAGCUUAAUUCAUAACAAUAGCCGCAUCUCACCCAUUCAUAAGUUUCAUUAUCUUACAUCAUAUUUAGAGGGAGAUGCAGCUAGAAUUAUUUCUAAUCUCGAAGUGUCAUCUGCUAAUUAUUCUGAGGCAUGGAAAAUUAUUUGCGAUAGACAAGGCCAUCCAUUAAGUGAUUGUCGUAUGGGACCUUGCAGAAUAUGUAAGCAAAGGCAUAAUAGUUUACUUCAUAAUCCUCUAAAAGAGAUUAAAAGUAACGCCGCUGUGAGAGAUAAUGAUACAGUAGUUAACUUUCAUAAUCAAACACCAAAUCAAGUUAUACUCUCUACAGCAUUAGUGGAAGUUUGUAAUCCAUCUACAAACCAAUCAGAGAAAAUUCGUGUGCUUUUAGAUUGCGGAAGUCAGUCUUCAUUUAUUAGUAAAUCUCUAAAGGAAAAAUUAUCUCUAAAUUCAAAUCAUAUAGAUACUAUAAGAGUUAUUGGCAUAGGUAAUAACUGUACAAAUAAUAUUAUAGAAACAUGUACAACGCAACUAAAAUCAUUAAACAGUUCUUAUCAACUAAAUUUAUCGUGCUUAGUCUUAGACAAAAUAACAAGUGAGAUUCCUAAAGCUCCUAUAAAUAUACAAAAUAUUAACUUACCUGAAAACUUGCCUCUGGCCGAUCCUGUAUUUCACAAACCUGCCUGUAUCGAUGUUCUGCUAGGAGCUGAUGUCUUUUGGGAAAUAAUAGGUAAUGAAACUCGGUGUAUCGGUGAAAGGGGUCCUAAAUUGAUAAAUUCAAAAUUUGGCUGGAUAAUAUCUGGUCCCAUUCCUUCUAAAAAUAAAAAAUAUAACAAAAUAUAUUGCAAUCAUGCUUUAACUAAAUCAUCAUACAAUGAUAUAGAUGAUAUCAUUCCUAAAUUCUGGGAAAUCGAAGAGCUUCCUAAAAGGCCAAUUCUCAGUAAAAACGAAAAACUAUGCGAAAAACAUUUCGUAUCAAACACGACUCGUCUAAAUACAGGUAGAUUUUGCGUCAGAUUACCUUUACAUGACACUCCCGAUUGUCUUGGAGAUUCCUAUAAUCUUGCUAAAAGGAGACUACUAAAUUUAGAAAGAAGAUUUAGACGAAAUCCAUCUCUAAAAAUCGAUUACGCAAAAUUUAUCAAUGAGUAUACAGAGUUAGGUCAUUUAUCAAAUUUAAAUUUUGUAAAAUCACUUAAUUCAUACUAUUUAUGUCACCAUGCAGUCAUGAAGGAAAGUAGCGAGUCCACAAAGCUCCGUGUUGUUUUUGACGGUUCUGCUUCCACAUCAUCAGGAUAUGCUCUCAACGAUAUUUUGAUGGUGGGUCCAAAUAUGCAGGAUUCUCUCUUCUCCAUAUUAAUUAGAAGCAGACAAUAUAAAUAUCUUUUAUGUGGCGACAUAGAGAAGAUGUAUCGCCAAGUUGAAGUAAACGAAAAUGAUCGGGCGCUGCAACUAAUAUUAUGGAGAGGAGAUGAGUCUGAACCCAUACAAACAUUGAGUCUUAAUACUGUCACUUACGGGACUGCAAGUGCUAGUUAUUUAAGCACUCGAUGUAUUUGGCAAAUCGGUGAGGAGCAGAAUGAUGAACUUAUCAAAACCAUUAUAAAAAAGGACUUUUAUAUCGACGAUCUCAUCACAGGUUGUGACGAUGAAGAGCAAUUACGCUACAUAAAACAUUCAGUAACAAAGGCAUUAAGUAAUGGUUGUUUUAAUUUAAGAAAAUUUAAAGGCAAUUCUAAAGUUAUAUUUGAAAAUAAUUCAUCUAAUUCACAAGAUAAUUUGACAAUUAGUGAAUCAACUAGCACCCUCGGGCUUGGCUGGAAUCCUUCUAGCGAUAGUCUAAAUUUUCCACUAAAAAAUAUACCUAAAUGUAACAUGGUGACUAAAAGAAAUAUUUUAUCAAUUUCAUUCCAAAUAUUUGAUCCUCUUGGACUUUUAAGCCCUUGUAUCAUACAACCAAAAAUUAUUAUGCAAAAUUUAUGGAAAGAAAAGAUUCAGAGAGAGCUGGCAAAAAUAUUGUGA